UUGCCGUCAACUCGGAUCUGUUCAUGACUUCCGCGCUUUUCAUCGCAUCUCAUACUACGACUGAUCAAGAGAGGGAGAGAGCGGGAUGGGGAAGCAUUCGAGCAAGAGGAGACAGAUCGGGGAACUCGCGGUGAUGGAGGCGACGAAGCCGAUGGGUGCGAGGACGAGGACGGCGAGAAGGCUGGCCCUCGCGGCGUUGGACGGCCGCCGGAGCUCGAAGAAGAGGAAAGCAACGGGAGAAUACCACCAGAUCUCCAACCUCGAGCUCCGAAGUUGCAGCGUCGUCCUGAAACCUCGGAUCGCCAGAUCCGCGGCGAAUUCCGGCGGCCGGCGAAAUUCAAGCCCUGAACUCAGUCUCAUCUCCCGGUCCUCCAGCGACGCCUCCUGUGAGGCAGCGGAGACGCCGUUUCGAUCAUCGGAGCUUGGCCAGGAAUUGGACGACGCGACCUUCUUCCGCUGCAAUGGAGAAAGGGAAGAGACGGCCGCCUCGAGUAACGACGGACAAGCGACGAGUGAUCUUGAAUCAACGGUGGAGAUGGGAUCGCGCAGAAGAUCGACGGCGAUUGCAACACCCUCCGUUGCCGAGCUGGAGGAGUUCUUCGCGGGCGCAGAGAGAGACCUGCGACGGCGAUUCGUCGAGAGGUACAACUUCGACGUCGUCAAGGACGUGCCAUUAGCCGGCCGCUACGAGUGGAUUCCGUUGACCCCGUGAACAGGGAGGAGAAGAAAAAAAGAGAGAGAGAGAGAGAGAUAAUAAAAAGGAAACCGUAUUCCUUCAUUAUCCAUCUCAUCAAUUCCCAUCCACCAUAUUUUCCUUAUUUUUCCCAUCCGUUACAUCUUGAUCAGACGGCUUUUGCGAUGCAAUUGCCUUUUUGUUAUUAUUUUUUGUCAUUGCUGUUAAUUAGUAA